AUGUUGCAUCCUCCGACAUGUAGCUAUCGCAGACUCAACCCAAGUCGGGCCUUUACUCAAAAAGCUCCAACGAAGACGUUUUUUUUCGACAGGACUAAGUACCCAACUAGUGACAAAAGUUCCCUAGAUGAAGAAACUAGCGAUGCAAUAACUGCCGAGGGAAAUAACGAUGACCCUCCGAUAUGGUGGCUUCGAGCUCAAUCAUCCUUUCCCUCGAACACAGUCAUGGUCCAGCCCCAACUUCCUUCCCAGAGGGCACAAUCUCAGUCCCCUCUUUUUCACAGGGUGAUCAGUUCUGAGAACCCAGAAACCUGUACCAUGGGCCAGUCGGGCAGUAGUGUAAGAGAUGGGUGUGGUAUUCCUCAAGCUCUCCCCACUUCUAGCACUUCCGCAUAUCCUCCCUCCACUACCUCUAUAGCGCAUGCUACCUGCGCUUCUUCCGCGCCUGCUCCUCCUGCAUUUAACACGUCCGUAACUGCUACAAAUCUUCCGGUAACAUCAAACGGUGAAAUGGAGCCCGCAUGUCAGUUAGCUGUUAAAAAGGCUCCCGAGGAGAGUUUGCAUCCUUUUGGGACGAAAUUGAAGGACUAUGGGCAACAGGAUGUGUUGGAAGACAAGAGCGAGCAUGAAAGUAAUGGAGAAAUUUCUGAAUCAGGCUGGACAACUGCCUCUGGCGGAAUGGCAUUCUCGUUUUCAUUUGUGGACGGAAAGCCCUUUGCUCAGCCAAUUUUCAACCCGAAUGGUACUCCGGUCAAACCCUUCAUUCCAAUACAUAUGCGUCCGCCGGUCAAGAGUCUAAAUACUAUGGUGGGAAACAAGACUCCUUUAGUCAACAGCCGCACGAACGAUUUGAAGAGUGUCGAUAGCCAAGACAUUAUUAAACCUAAGAAAGCAGAAGCGGAGGUCGUCAAGAAGAGAGCCGAAACUCCUACCCAGAGCGUUCACAAGGUACACGAUACAAGCACAAAGUCUAGUUCAGCAUUGUCAGGAGCUGAGAGGCAACGCACAUAUUGCGAACUCUAUAACGCUCAUGUUGAGACAAUGUUUGCUGGAAUCUCGUCAAAAUAUCCGCAACCCACAUCCGCCAGUGCGGCCAAGGAGGCCAGACAAGCCGAAUUAGAUGCCAAAAGAGCGACAGCAGCGGCAGAAUAUGCCUCAUCUCCUAGAUCUGUUAAGGUAGAGACCAAAUCUCAAGUUUCGGCUUUUAUGGCCAAGGUUCCUACGGGAAGGGACAAUCAACAAAAAACAUUUGAAUCAGGUGAUAAUUAUGGGAUACCGCCAAACUGGGCAGCUUGUGAGCCAGAUCCAUCUACUCGACCUAAUUCUACAAACGGAUGGAUUAAUUGGAAGCCAAAGCCUAAAAAAGGUCCUGCGUCGGCUCGUAGUGGACACAUGACCAUGUCAGAAUAUCAAGCUGCCAUUGCAUACAGACCUCAAGGUGUCGAUCGUGACUAUGAGGCAGCGAAGGAACGCGCCGCCGCAAAGCGCUUCAGUGGGCCUCAAUACCAGUACUAUAAUGAGCCAUCUCACAAGAAACGCCGGCCAAAAAAUUCUCCGCGGAAAGCGCAACAACAAAAAUCUUCACUACCUCCCAUGUUUCCAGAUAUCCUUCCUUGGCGUGAUGUGCCACCGCAGCCCCCUAAUCCUACUGGUAAAAAGAUGCCGAAGUUAGACUUUUGCGGUGAGCCGAUAGAAAAGGGAAGAGGUUUCGAUGGCACCAUUAAGCAUUGGGGUGUGCCAACAAAAAAUCAAGACCAUGUCCCAUUCCUCGAAAUUAAUGCGAUUGCAUCUGAAUACACUACAGACUGUGACAAAGACACGGAUGACCCGACUAGAAAGUCUGUGCGGCGCUUUCCGCCACCAAAGUCUUGUUCAGUGAGCAAAUACCCUACAUCUGCUCAGAUUAGAGACAACUACAAUCAAGAUAAUACUACAACGAGUCUUAAGAAUGAGCAGGAAAUGGCGGAGGCGUUGGAGUCGCCUGCUCCUCUUCCUCGCCUGUUGGACAGUUUUUUCGAAAAGAAUCCAUUUACCCUUCGCGAACGGAUUGGAACCUUCAUCAAUUCUCUAAACCCAGAUUUCCCAGAUCCUCCAGAUAUGCCGUACGAAAGGCAUGGUGCUAAACCUGUGGCAACCUGUGUUAAGAGAAGGCAGCCUUCAGACGAGCAAGAUGCAAAGGAGAUCAUCAUUGACUGUGUGGAGGAUGAACUUGAGAAGCCCCGCCGCGAACCUCACAUGGAGCCGAUCAAGGGGCGCGCCGAUAUGGAAUGGUAUAGAACUCACGAUGGAUGCUGGUCUCAGAGAUUCCCAUUACCAAAGAAGGCCCUUCCCCCUCUACCUCCCAACGAGCCUGCCAAUGAUUGGUAG